GCUACUCCGCAGCAGCAGGUGGCGUACAUGGGUUAAGGACCAUUAUCUGAGUGUUGCCGCUGGAUGGUGUGCGAUAGUUCGACAUGCUACGGAAUAAAUGCCGAAGCAUAGCGGCGAACAAUGAAUUUUUAUCGUCUUUUUUCGCACAUGUAACUGAGAGGGGGCUGCUAAGGCACCAGAGAAAAUGGUCCACCCAACGGACCAGAGCGAGCACGCACACGGUUAAUGGAAAGCUAAUGCGCAAUGGACAGAAUAAUAAGGCUGUGAUUUGUAUAGAAGGAAACAUUGCCAGUGGAAAAACAACAUGUCUUGAGUAUUUCAGCAAAACUGCAAACAUAGAGGUGUUUACAGAGCCUAUUUUCAAAUGGAGGAAUGUUCGCGGUCACAACCCUCUGGGUUUAAUGUAUCAGGACCCUGAGCGCUGGGGAAUCACCCUUCAAACUUAUGUCCAGCUCACCAUGUUAGACCGGCACCAGGCUCCAAUAUGUGCUCCUGUCAAGAUGAUGGAGAGAUCUCUAUACAGUGCCAAGUACAUCUUUGUGGAGAAUCUCUAUAGAAGUGGAAAUAUGCCAGAAGUUGACUAUGCUGUCCUGAGUGAGUGGUUUGACUGGAUCACAACCAAUAUACACAUUCCAGUUGAUCUCAUUGUUUACCUCCAGACCUCUCCAGAGAUUUGCCACGAGAGGCUGAGGCUUCGUUGCCGUGAAGAAGAGAAGGUCAUUCCACUGGCAUAUUUGGAGUCCAUUCACCAGCUCUAUGAGGACUGGCUUAUCAAGCACAAAAUGCCUCUGCCUGCUCCUGUACUGGUUAUCCCUGCAGACCACGACCUCCAGAAGAUGCUGCGCCAGUACGAGGAGCACCGGGACAGGAUUCUGACAGCAGCCUGCUCUUAAGUCAAGACCUAGGGUCAGGACUCCUCAGGGCUGCAGACAAGGACAUUCCUCAAGUAUUGUAUAUACAUGUUUUUGUACUGGCAUCUCAGAAGGACUUUUUCAUUGUGAACAUUUUUAAAUGUUUUUAUUGCCCAACUUUUUCUAAGUGUGCUUUUACUUUUUAUGCUAUUUAUUAUUUGUAUGUGGUUGGGAAUGAUAUUCUAUGUAUCUAGCUACAUAUUUAUUACACUGUUCUGAUAUUUUUUUAAAUAUUCCAUGAAAGUGGU